CCCGGGUACUUUCCCUUGCAACCAUCUGCCGAGCACCUACCUGACUAACCAUUCUAGCCCCAGCUCUCAAUGAUGAAUUAACUGGGCACACAGAUCAUCAGUUUUACCCCCUGAGCCAGCUGGAUCUCGGUCUUGUUCUCUCAACAAACACAUAAAAUACAGCUUUAAAAAAAAAUUUGCAAUGCGAGUUGAAGAUCUCAUUUGCCCAUUAGUUGUAAAUGCUAAAAAAUAACGUAUCACGUAAAACAGGUGGAUUACUGUUGUGCCAGCUGCGCGCCAGUAUUUGUCCCGUUAAAUGUUAUUAGAUGCGCCUUGGAGAGUGAUGACUUUUACCGUGUUUUGUGACACAUCUUCCAUGCAUUUACAAGCUAUGUCCGCUGUUACACUGACGUCAACUCGACUCCUUGGAUCAUGUAUAAAGCUGGGGGUGAUCCUGUGGACAUUGGUAGUCAAUGACCCAGAACCUCCAACUCUAGAGCACUGACUAGCGCCAGGACAGGCAGAUUUCCAGCCAGCAUGACAUCAACACCUUUGGUUUUCAUUGCAACCUGUUGUCUUCUGGUCACCCACAUCUCUCUUGCUACGUGUCGUGCUGCAGACCUGAGUAUUGUUAACAGAUUGGGUUCCAAUGCCAGCACAGAUACUGACGAAGAAAAUGAUCAAUUUCUUUCCUACAUCCUGAGGGAGAAGUUACUCCAGCUUUUGGAACAGAAUCCAAACAACAUGCAGAUUCAAUCUCCAGUAUCCUUGGAUCAGAUUCUGAAUGAAAUCCUUGAUAAAGAAGCCAAUCGCCUCCUGCAGGAACUUAUCCCAAGCACAGAAACACUUGCGUCUACUCAAGAAGCAGGUCAUGAUAUGGUGCCAGCUUUUGCUGAACGCUCAAAGAGAUCUGCUGAACCGGUCAAUUCCUUGGAUCUCACGUUUCACCUCUUGAGGGAAAUGAUUAAGAUGGCUAAUAAUGACAAGCAACGGGUGCAAGCAGAGAAAAAUCGCAAAAUUAUGGACACUAUUGGCAAGUGAUGUAUAUGUAGAAUCUAGCAGUAUAUCUUGUCAAAAUGUUUCCCCAAAGAUUCAUUCAAAUUCACAAUCCGCUAACCAAAUCUGUCUUUUGUGUAAAUUCAACAUAUGUUCUUUACAAAAUUUAUCAAAUAAAUAGAAUA